AUGAUACAGGAUUAUUAUGGAAAGUUUUGCAAAACUGGUGAUUUUGACGGAUUUUUUGUACGAACGUGCCAUCGCUUAUCAGUAGAGUUGAGGUUCAUCGAAUCUCUGCUUGAUGAAACAUUGAGAGAAAUAAUAAUGAAUAGUGCAGCAAGCGACCCGGUUAAAGUCAUUCUUGUUGAAUACAAUGAGGAUAAUAGCUACAUAAUAGGUGACAUUUUUUUCUCCGAUGGCACAACUUUGAUGCAAAAAUUCAUGAAAGCAAAGCGGGAGAAGAUUGAUGAAAAAGGAUCAGCACCACAUCUCGUUACUUUUGAUCUUAAGCAGACUUCUGGUGAAACUUUAAAUCAAGACGGAAAAGCAAUAGAUUCGAGACCGCUAAAUAAUGGAAUGAAACAAAUUGAAUGCGAAAAUUUGAUCAUGAAUCAGGAUUCUGAUUUGAAACCUCAGACAUCGGAAAUCUCAAAUGGUAUUUUCAACGAUAUGCAUAAAGAUUGUAAAACAUUCGAUCCCGAAAUUACUGCUGUUCUAAAUUCGCUGGUAGCAUGCGUUUCAAAUUCUGAUGGGAUACAAUGA